AUUCAGGCCGCAGCCGCUUCCUGGCGUUGCGCGCAGCCCCGCACCAACACAACGUUAGGAAACAGCUUCUGCUUUCAGUGCCGGGCGGGCUGAGCUCCUGCAGCUCCUGCAGCUCCUGCAGCCCCUUCAGCCCCUUCAGCUCCUUCAACUCCUUCGGCUCCUUCGGCUCCUUCGGCUCGGACGGCCCGCACGGUUCUCAGGAGGGAGGAGAGCCCAUAGGACGCGUCCGUGGAUGGGAAAUGGAGCACCCGGACGGUAAAGAGGCGGCGGGGCGACACCUGCGAGCGAAGCUGAAGGACGGCGUGAAACCUCCCGCAGCGACCGGGCGGGCGCGGGGUCCCCCCGCAGUUUUCCUCGCGACGGUGACGGGACGGGCGCCCGCGUCGGGCUCCAAGGGCGAACCGCCCCCCUCGUCCCCCCUCGCCGGGACGAUGGGCCUCAGCAGAACCGCUGCGCCCCGCGGCAAAGCUCACAUCGAGGGUCCCGGCUCCCGUCCGACGCCCGCCCCCCAGAGCCCGGAGUGGAUGGAGCGGCUGAAGAAGGGCAUCGCUCCGAGCGCCGCCUCCCACCCCCCGGCUGCCAAACCGGGAGGACGGGACGCGGACAACAAGGGGCUCGGAGCCGCCUCCCGCCCCCCCCCGAGGAACCAACCCCCGCACAAAUGGCCGCCGCUCAAUGACGCGGCCGCUCCGUCGCUCCCCGCCGCGGGCGCAGCCGCUGCCGGUGGAAUCCGGGGCUCGGGGCACCCCCCGCGCAGGAAGCCGCUGCCUCACGCUGCGCUGCUGGGAGCGAGGCCGGCAAAGCCACGGCGGCCUCCGGGGGUGGAUCUGAAGAAGUUCCAUCGGGCUGCACCCCACGGGGAGCCCGGCCGGGCCGCUGCGGGGCCACGGAGCGCUGUGCUGGGUCACACAACGCAGCUCCCACCGCGGGACGCUCAGAGCGCAGCAGGCGGUGGGGAGGAGAUCUACGAUGACGUUGAGAGCGUUGAGCUGCUCGGGAGAGACCGAAGCUUCCCGCCGCCCCCCACAUUCCGGCCGCCAACGCAUCUGCAGCCCAGAGGAGGGGGAGGUGCUGCUCAGGCCCCCAGCACGGUCGCGCUGCUGGUUGCUGCACAAAGAGGAGCUCAGAGCUCCUGGAAGGCAAAGCCAAUGACACUCAAGGAAUGCAAGAAGGAAGAGAAAGCAGACCGGGAGUUUCAGAAGAAAUUCAAGUUCGAAGGGAACAUCACCGUCCUGACCCGGAUGAUGGUCGACCCCGCAACGACGGAGAAGAGGGGAGGGGGUAAGAACCUCCCGCUCAGACGGGGUGAGAUCCUCGAUGUCAUUCAGUUCACCAACAAGGAGCAGAUUCUCUGCAGGAACAGCCAGCGGAGAUACGGUUACGUGCCCCGCGCUGCGAUGCUGCAUCUGGACACGGACAUCUACGAUGAUGUUGAUCUGUGCGAGUGACCGACCCGAAGCACCACCGGACCCUGAGGGCUGAAGCUCCGAUGCUGGAGGGGCUGCGAGGGCCGGUCCUGCAGCGCAGAGGUUUGGGAGGGUGGUUCAGAUGGAGCCCGCGGCGCUUUGUUUGAUUGGUGUGAAACGUGGCGCUGAUUUGUCUGGUC